CAAAGAGAAUCUUCGCAGAAAUUUCUGCGUUCUAACUCAGUGAAUCCAUCUUUUCGGGCUGUCAAGUCCCUUUUUGAGGAGCUUCUACUGGUCAUCGACCAUUUUGACCCGCCAUUGUCCUUCUUGGGGAAAAGCCGUCGAAAUCGUUUCCGCACUUUCGCAUCCCGCUACAAAGAACGAGAUAGCCAACAAAUAUAUGACCUAGUGGACCUGAUUGUGUUUAACGACUACCCAGGCUGGUACGAUCUCUCAACAGACCUGCCCGAGACCGUGAGCAGCUUCAGGCGACUGUCUCUCAUGGGCCACAAUAUCCAAGGUCGCGGAUCGAAGCCAGUUUUGAUGUAUGGCCUACGACUUCUUAGUGAGCAUGAGCAACAGUAGAGGAUACGGAUUUAUUUCGAAUAUUUUGUCAUCCUGUUCUCAUUGUCAAAGUCAAGGUCAUGCUCAUGUUCACAAUGAAAAACGUAGAGUCGUCAAAUUUGUGAUAUCGAUCACGAUGACGGACCAUGAUGAUAAACAGCGUGAUUACAAGUUGGAGCGUCAUGAUACAUUUUGGUUCAGUAGUUGGUUUGAGUAGACGAGUGUCAUAUUUCCGGUCUCAGAGAACGGCCUCGAGACUCUUCAUUCUUUCGGCGAGACCGGCGGCGGUGCCUUCGUGGGCUUCCUUAGCGGCGAUGACGCGCUUACGUGGAGCGAGGAGCGACAGGCAUUGAUCCUCGGGUUAGCCAUCCUAGCUUCUGCCUUUACCGAGGCAGCCUUUGCCGGCUUUUGCGUGUGGCAGUUGGCGGAUCAAUUUGUGAAUACGCUCAACGUCGCUUACGAAAAUGUGGCUGCGAAGGUGUUUGGGAUCACCACAGCGAUCGAAACUACGGAGUGGGAACGUAAGGAGCAUCCCUUCGCGUUUCGGCCAAACGGCCUGAACAACAAGGGCCUCCUGUCACACGAUCGACGCUAUCAGAAACUCGCAUGGGAAGUCGUAAAAGCGUUGUAUCACCCAGAGACGACCUUCGACAUGGCGUUUGAAGUAUUGCAGCAGGUGUCGGCAAAAGUAAGCCGCGCAAAACACGGGAAAGGCAUUAUCUUGAAGAACAGUUGGACGCAGAGUUAUCUAGCUGUGCAUUGGUGGAAUGAUAUGGACCGACACGCGCCGAGCCAGGAGCUCCUACAAAGCACUACCGACAAUUUUCAGCACCUACCUGCGGGCGGACCCGCAGGAGUGGGAGAAACAUCUUCACAUGAACAAGAAGUCUCAUCAACAUCACCAGUGAUGGCAAUGUUCCCUCCGCCAGCUGCGCUCAAGCUCCAUACGCACACGGACAAGGAACGUGCAAGUGUUUUCGAAGCCGUCGCAAUUCGUGCUGCGGAGGAUCACCUAGCUGUGGCGCUGCGGUUAAUUGGACACCACGACAAACGAACCGAGUUAAUGCAAGGCGUCGAAAAUCCUAAGGACAGCGUCAUUUUCGUCGCUGUCGACGAUGUAGUGGUCCCACCAUCAACAGAAUUGGAGGUCGUGGCAGCCGUCAACGAUGGUGGGGUAGCCGCCCACUUUCAAGUUGGGCUGGAGCAAGAGUUCACAAGCGAAACAGGAUUUCGACUGGCCUCGCUAACGACAAGUAUGCGCGGAACUGCAAUCUCUAGUUCUACAUCAACUUCCUUCAACUCAACUACACCGCCCACCUCAUUUUUCUUGCCUAUUGAUAGUUGUGUUUGUUUAGCAAUAGGCGAGUGCACACUUCAGGAGGCUUCCCUCGAGCAGGAGGACAUGAUGAACGGAACGGUAGGCAAAAGUACACCAAUUUUCGAUCCCUGGCAAAGUUCGUUCUUUCCUAUGAGUGCUAAAAAACCACGAGCAUCGCAGAUCGAUUUGCGUGGUCGUAUCGGCUUUUUUGUGAUUGGAGGUGAAUCAGGUAGACGCCCUAAAGGAGAUCUUCAUAUAGCAACUCGGAAAGCGGGCUACGAGCGCGAUGAGAACUCCUGGUAUCUGGGCUUACAAAAGAAUCCACAGGAUCCAAGCGAAUUCUUGUGGGAACUGGACUUCAUCUAGCGGAAUACCCGUGCAAGAAACACCUCGGCGGAGAUCACUCAUGAAGUUUUGCAUUAUAAUAAAUAUAGAUUUAGUCUUCAGGUUUACAGAUACAGUCCUUUUUCUCGCUUCUUUUCUCGCACUACCUAGC